CAGCUCAGCGCGUCACUUUCGUUACGCAAAUCCGCCAUUUUGUACGUAGCUGGCGGUGCUUCAGGGUUUACUUUGUCGGUUUAGUGAUUAUUGUCACGAAAAACUAUAAACUUUGUUCAAUAGACUUUUGAAGCUGACUGUGGACGAUUUCGACUCUUCUGUGAAGUAAUUUUGCUGCAAUACCUUGUGCUUUCGUGAUUUGUGAGUGCCCUAUAAUUGGAGCGCGUGGCUGGUGACUCUUUGUUGUUGGAUUCGGCUUAUUUACGGUUAUAGUCGCUGUUGGAUCAAAUUGGACUACAAAGUGGUGUUUGUGUGUGCCCGUCAGUGAGUGAGUGCCAAGUGUUUGUGUCAGUGCAGUGAAGUGAGUUGUGCGCGCGCGUCCGCUGUGGCGGUCACGCGGCGUUCAAGUCAAUGCGUGUGCGCCGAUGGAGCGGUGAUCGCUUGACUACGUCACAACAGCAGCGUUGGUAAAGCUAUGCGCCUCGCCAACCACCAGAGCAGUAGGCGACCGACACUACUAAUGACAUUACAAUUGUGACGCGCUGCGGAGCGGUGGUUAAAGCGGCUCUGCCGCUUUAAAUGGACAAACGCAAGAUGCUGCCAAAGAGAGCGCGUAUGGAAGGCAUGCGGGGGGGUCCCAUUGCAAAUGGACCCCUGCAAUCAAGGCCACUAGUGGCGUUAUUAGACGGGCGGGACUGCACCGUCGAGAUGCCGAUACUGAAGGACGUAGCCACGGUGGCGUUCUGCGACGCGCAGUCCACCUCCGAGAUCCACGAGAAAGUGCUGAACGAAGCCGUGGGCGCGCUCAUGUGGCACACCAUCAUCCUCACCAAGGAGGACCUGGAGAAGUUCAAGACGCUGCGGAUCAUCGUGCGCAUCGGCUCCGGCGUCGACAACAUCGACGUCAAGGCGGCGGGGGAGUUAGGCAUAGCAGUAUGUAAUGUUCCGGGUUACGGCGUGGAGGAGGUAGCGGACACGACGAUGUGUCUCAUAUUGAACCUGUACCGGCGGACGUACUGGCUCGCCAACAUGGUGCGGGAAGGAAAGAAAUUCACAGGUAAUUUUCAAGUUUUAUUGUCUGCUAGAAGUGCCUUAGAGUUUUGAUGAUCGGUGAGUCACACGCUCGGCAUCGUCGGCCUGGGCCGCAUCGGCUCGGCCGUCGCGCUGCGGGCCAAGGCCUUCGGCUUCAACGUCAUCUUCUACGACCCGUACCUGCCCGAUGGGAUUGAGAAGUCGCUCGGGCUCACCAGGGUCUAUACGCUGCAGGACCUACUAUUCCAGAGUGAUUGUGUGUCAUUGCAUUGCAGCUUAAACGAACACAAUCACCAUCUCAUUAACGAGUUCACUAUCAAACAGAUGCGCCCGGGCGCGUUCCUGGUGAACACGGCGCGCGGCGGGCUGGUGGACGACGAGGGGCUGGCGGCGGCGCUCAAGCAGGGCCGCAUCCGCGCCGCUGCGCUCGACGUGCACGAGAACGAGCCCUUCAACGUGUUCCAGGGCCCCCUGAAGGAAGCGCCGAACGUGCUGUGCACGCCGCACGCAGCCUUCUACUCGGACGCGUCGGCGCAGGAGCUUCGCGAGAUGGCCGCCUCCGAGAUCCGCCGCGCCAUCGUCGGCCGCAUCCCCGACUGCCUGCGCAACUGCGUCAACAAGGACUACUUCCUUCCGGGCGCGCCUCCGGUACUCGCCGCGCCGGCCGCGCCGCUAGCUACUCCCGCGCCCGCCGCCUACAGCGAGGGAAUGAACGGCGGUUACUACGCCGGCGCCGCCGCCCAGGCUGCGCAUUCCACCACCGCCGCCCACGAGCCCGCGCCGCCGGUGCAGCCCUCGCCGCAGCCGCCGCUCUCGCUGCCAAUCAACACUUCGGACCCGGCCAAUCACCAGUUGAACAAAGAGGGGAGCGCCGACGUCCACUAGGCGACGAGAAUACGCUACGUUACAGUACCGUAAGGCGCCGAGCGACAAACUUACAAACAAACAAUAGUUUUAUUGAUUCCAUCGCAACUAUGUCAUAAGUACCUAUGUCGUAAGCCAACGAGUGAUAAUUAUGUAGCGGCGUUUGCAUUGAGACCGGUGCCAGGAGGCCGGACAAUAAGUGAGUGGAUUCGAGUGAAGUGACUCGUGCGUGACGGGACUACGACGCUAGUGUGAUACGUCUCAGUGCAAACGGCGCGUAAUGAGCGAAUAGUUGAUUCUGUGUUUGUAUUUGGUAAGUUGGGACAGCUAUAUAUGAAUACUGUAUAUGUAUCGCGCGCACCGGCCGCGCCCUGCCGCUCGCUGCGUCGGCGGCGCCGUCAAGUGCGUCGAGACAUGGCGGGUGACCAUAGACAACUUGUUAGUAACUAUUGAAAGAUUCCUCUUUGGCCAAGUCAAUGGAUGGCCACAGAUGAAUUUUUCCUUCAUAGUGGUGCCGUCAUAUUGCUCAUAUUGUAAGACGGAUUAGAAAGAUUUCUAAGAAACCACAUUGUUACUUAAGUGGCGCGUUUCGCCGCCCCGAAAAGUUUUGUUUUUGGCCAAGAAUGGUGUUUUUAUUUUGUAGCGCAAGCAGUGCUUGCUAUUUUUCUUGUAUAAUGUGUACGGUGAACUCUAAGCCGACUGUGUGCCGAAGACAAUAUGGUCAUGGUCAUGGUCAAAAGCAACGUUUUCUACAAAAGCGGUAGCGUCACGAAUAAUGGAAAAGGCGGACCUAAUUUUAUAAAAUCUAGACAACUUUUGUGGCCCCAACUUGACGGCACCGCUGACACAGAAAGCUAGCGUUCGGCUCGCACAUACAAUGUUGCGAACCUCAUCAUUAUCGUCCAAGCAGUGCUUCGGUGGAGUAACCAAUGCUGGAACAAAACGAUACUCCAAAGUUCAGGCUCUAUUAUAAAAUGUUAUGAGGCACAACGAUUUGAUACUUAGUCGCAAUUAUAGUAAUUUGUUCACACUUUUGCCUUUAGAGUCGCUAUUACUUUAAGAUGCGAUUUCUGGCUGGCGCGCAUGCGAAGUUACGCUCAUAUUACCGAUUCGUUUAAUUUAAACAUGGAUCAGUAUAAAAACCGUAAUUAAUACAAUGAAGUGUGGUAAGAAACUAACGGAGCCUCAACUUACGAGUAUCGUUAUAGCGGGUGUUCUCCUUUACGCGAUAGCCGUUUUUUCCGCUCUACCCGUCCCUUGUCAAGCCAGUUACAGCGUCACGCAAAAAGCGCUCUUAAGUUGCACUGUAAUGUUUAUUUCAGGGCGCUUUUUGCGUAAUGCAAUCGGCAAAAUGAAAGGGACAGAGCAUAAAAGUCGGUGACCGCAGGGCGCGCGCGGCGCCGCCCGACGCCACAUACAUACGAACUGUUAAUUUUUAAGUAUCGACAAAUGGACUGUAGAUUCUAUCAUCACACUUGUAAACGAGAAAACGGGAGGUCUUCGUGUUUUUUUUGUUUGAAAUGUACAAAAUCAUGCUUUCAUUUGAUUAAUUUUUUUUUCUAAAUAGAGUUUAAGUGACGAAUUUGUACAUGAACGAACACCGUCGAAAGUAGACCGAAACGCAAUAGCGGGGCGCGCCCCACAUCCACCUGUUUGAAAAUCGUGAGAAAUUGGUAUUUAAAAUUAGUAUUUACUUACAGUUUAGUUUAAUGACAAAAACAAUGUGUAUAUUUUAUGAGAAAGUGAAAAGUUCUUAAAUAAAACUAUUGUUUUCGGAUUAAUUA